UUUCUAUUAUGAUUUUGGCAACAAGUCAAAAGCAGAAGUAAUAAGUUUCUUCUUUGUAGUAAUGGAUACUAGUUUGUUUAUGUUUGUCUGCAAUGUUUACAAGUGUCCUACUGUUACUGCUCUUAUUUCUAAAUCUCAUAUCAGAAGGUCGAAAUCAUGUUGGGCAGCCUUGUAAUAAAAUAUUUAGAAUAUGCCUAGCUAGCAAUUCCUAUUGUGAUGAAGAAAAUAUCUGCAGAUGUAAACCAGAUUUUCCUGUGAAUAUAUCUGUGCAUUCAUGUAAAAAAGGUAAACAAUAUAGUGAGAAAUGUGAUUAUUCAGAAGAAUGUUCAUAUUAUGACCGUAAUUCCUAUUGUUCACAAUUGCCAUAUCGAAGCACAUGUGAAUGCCAUGCAGGGUUUAUAUAUAAUGAAGGCGACAAGGCAUGUGAGAAAAUUGGUGGAGAGCCUCCAAAGCCAACAAAUAGAGUUUUUCCUACAGUAAUAGGGGUUACUUUUGCCUUUGCUAGUAUAUUUUGUUUCUGCUUAGUUAUUUGGCAAGUUUGUAAAAGGCAAAAUUUAUACCCUGGUAUAUUUGGUAGAAGUAAUGUGACAUCACGUUCUCAGUAUCUACCUACAAGUAGGGAUAGUCAAAGACCACUGCCAAGUGCACCUCAUUUGGACGAAGCUUUGCCUAAUUAUGAUACGGUUUUAAAAAAUUCUGAAGAUCAUGAUCCACCACCAUCAUAUGAUGAAGUUAUUUCCCAGGAACAAACAACAAAAACUUGACCCGAUUGGAAUAUUUAUCAAGGAAAUUUUCGAGUGCCACAUUCAAACCAAUUUUUGAUAAAAUAUAUACAUAUUUUUUACAGCAGUUUUUUCUCUGUCAAUUUGUAAUUACUUUAAUGAAAAAUUAAGUCAUCUUUUUCAAGUAUAAUGUGAUAUGAUGGUUAAAGUUUCGUUACAGAUAUUUUUUUUAAAAAAAAGAAAAAAGCAUUUAAUCAUGU